UUUCUGUUACAGAGUAUUUAUUUAUUUUUAUCUUUUUUUACCGUUACUCUCAGCUCACCCCGCUCGAUAUAUCACCUGCGGCAAACAAACAAUCUCAGAAGCUCCCACAUUUUUGUUUAUCCGAUUUCGAUCUCACUGAUUUUUUGAUCGGAAGUUUGUUUCUUGGAAGCGAUAAUGGCGGCGUUGGAGCCGGGGGUUUUGUUGAAGCUGUUGAAUGGGAUGAAGUCAGGGGAUAAGCCGACGGGGGAGCACCGGAGCUCCCUCUUGCAGGUCACCGACAUUGUUCCGGCGGAUCUCGACGAGAAGAAUCUCUGGCCGGAGCACGGGUUCUAUAUUAAGGUUUCGGAUUCCUCGGAUUCGGUCUACGUUAGCCUUCCGUUUGAGCAAGACGACCUCGUUCUCAGCAACAAGAUGCAGUUAGGGCAGUUCGUUUACGUCGACCGGUUUGAACCCGGUUCGCCCGUUCCGGUCGUCAGAGGCGCCAGGCCGUUGCCCGGCCGGCAGCCUUUGGUCGGCACUCCUAGACAGAUCGGAGUUGAGUCCAUGAAUAAAGUCCGGCCGGCGUGGGGAACGGAGGUUUUUGCUUCUCCCAGGGUUCUGAAGCCUGUUCCUAUUGAUCUUGAUCAGUGUACGCCGGUGAAAGGCAACUCGCCGGCGAAAUUUGGCGGUGCUGUGAGGUCUUCAGCCGCCGGCGCCGUGUUUCCGAAACUGGCCGAGGCCAAAGGGGAGAUUCCGGCUAUUGUCGGGAAGAUUUGUGUCACGCCGACGACGAUGAAGAAAUUCUCAAGAAGCAGAAGCGUAACGGAUCGCCGCGAACAUAGAAUCAUCAAAAGCCCCUUCCCUUCCGCGAUAAAGGAGAAGAAGACUUCAACUUCACCCCCACAUUUAAGGAAUCCAGUAAUGGCAGCUUCUCCAACCAUAAGCCGCAUCUCGGAGAAUCCUCUGUGUUCUUCAGUGGUGGAAUCUCAGUCCUUUGAUUCCCCUCCGGACAACCCCAAUCUCCCUGGAAAAUUGAGCAUGUUGGGAAAGGAAGCAAUGCAGCACCGCAAUAGAGCCCAGAAGGUUGCUCUUCAGGCACUGAGAGAUGCAUCAGCCACUGAAAACCUCAUCCGGGCUCUCGAGAUGUUUUCAAACAUGAGUAAAGCAGCAAGAGCAGACUUCCCAGCAGCCUCAUUCGACCUAUUUCUCGAAUUUCAUCAACAGCUAAAGCAAUCAGUGGCAGAAAUGGUGUCGAUUCAGGCAGCAACCGAAGCCACAGAACCAAAACAGAUCAACGAUCACGAAAACAACAACAACCCCCCUUCCAUUUUACAAGAAAUCACUCUCAAUUCAUUACAACAAUCCCCAACUCCCCACUCCCACGCCUCGAAACGAAGAGCUGCUGCAGUUUUCAAGUCGGCUGCAGGCUUCCCGAGCGAUCAGAAACCGAAUUUGGGAAAGAAUUUGAGGCCAUCAUCGGCCAUUAACGACGAGGAGAACAAGAAACCGGGCCCCCAUUGCAGCAUUUCGAACACAAUCAGAUUGGGAAAGCGGAUUGAAGAUGAAGCUGGGAAGUGGUUCAUGGAUUUCAUAGAGAAAGCAUUGGAAAAUGAUGGAUUAAACAAGGGUUGUGAGUCAGUGUUAUUGAAAGUUGUGAAUUGGGUUGAAGUGGAACAAUGUGAGCCUGGGAAAAGAGCAGUGCAUCCCAGGGCAGCAAACAUAGCCAGAAAGCUAAGGAUCAAAGUGAAGAAUCCUUGAGAUCCUAUUCCAUGCAAGAUUCUAAUUAGAUUCUUUAAUCAGUUGUAUAUUGUUUCUAUUUAUGCCUCUCCAUGGUUAAUGUUAUUCUUUUUAUUGAAAAUGAAAAUCCCAUUUUUUU